UAGAUGGUAGGGUAUUUAUUUAGUACAUUUUUCUAUUUCAAGUAAAGUAUAAGGGAGUUGCAACACAUCGGAUGCCAACCGCCGUUAAACCCCAUAAAGAAGAAGUGCAAUCUCCAUCCCAUCCAGCAGGCAUGGCUAGAUAGCUAAUGUCGUAGCCUGGCGUAGAGGCGUCUCUGUUGCUGCUGAAUGAUGAUGGUUAAGCUAUCUGAACGUCAGUGUUCUGCGGCUGUGAAGUUAUUGUUUUUGAUUGAGACCAAGCCAGCUACCAAUCUCACUAGCCAAUACCAUACAAUAUGAUAUUAAAUUAUUCAGGCUGGCAAAUUAAAGAGUUCCCAGUUGUUUUGAAAGCACAAUAAAUCUAGAGAAUGCCGACUUUGACCAAGUUUGAUGACAAAAUUUGCCCACGGAGGACCUCCACGCCACCUUCCUGUUCAAGUGAGCACAUCACAACAAGGUAUUUGAGGAAAAGAUCUGCAGGGGAACUCUCUAGACUACACAACCACCGUCCUCAUCUGCCUCUGUGGAUCUCCUCUGUGUGUGAAAAUGGAUCCCUGAUAGUUGCCUGGCUGAAGGAUCAACACACUGGACUUUAAAGAUGGAGAGGAAACGCAGAAAGAAAUGAAAGAUGCUCAGGCCGUGUGCAAGAAGGGCACCGAUGAGCGCUGGACAUGAACUAUGUUGUUGAUGAUUGCCAUAGCCAUAUUUUUGUCUUGUCAUAUGUUAAAAAAAUCUCCCCUGGCUGCUAGGAGACCUGCUCUGGGCUUGGAGGGAUACAGACUAUUUCUAGUGAACAGAAAAGGAAAGCUUGGACCAUGACCCUGGUGCCUAUAUGUUUCUCCAUACUAGUGAUUCUGCUAUGUGGCAGGUUCAUUCUAGCGGGGAUAGAGGAAGGGGAUGAGGCUGCAUCCUCCAUCUACCCUUCCAACCCUGAUGAGACCCAUAGUUCCAACUGCUCAAGUCUCACUGUGAAACUGAAGUUUUCCACCAAAGUAGUCGAACAUGAGUACAUUGUGGCAUUUAAUGGCUACUUUACAGCCAAGGCACGCAGUCACUUCAUCAGUAGUGCUCUGCGGAGCGCCGAGGCCCUGGACUGGGGCAUCGUGCUCCGGGAGAACCCAGCCAGUGACUUCCCCAGUGACUUUGAAGUGGUGCAGAUCCGCCAGGCCUCUCACAGCAGCCUGCUCACCCUGGAGGACCACCCCUACAUAAAGAGGGUCACGCCCCAGCGCAAGGUGUUCCGCACACUCAAGUAUAUGCCUGACUCGCCGGACUCCGGGGCACCCUGCAACAACAACACCCGCUGGACCCAGAAGUGGCAGUCGUCCCGGCCGCUGCGCCGGACUAGCCUGUCUCUGGCCUUGGGCUUCUGGCACGCCACGGGCCGCCACUCCAGCCGGAGGCUACUGAGAGCCAUCCCUCGACACGUGGCCCAGAUACUGCAGGCUGAUGUCCUCUGGCAGUUGGGACACACCGGUGAGGACAGACAGCAGGGGACACUGUCUGUCUGGUUAAUAACAGGUUCCGGAGUGAAGGUGGCUGUUUUUGACACAGGACUCAUCGAAAAACAUCCACAUUUUAAAAACGUGAAGGAGAGAACCAAUUGGACCAAUGAAAAUACACUUGAUGAUGGGCUGGGACAUGGUACUUUUGUGGCAGGGGUCAUUGCCAGCAUGCGAGAGUGCCAGGGCUUUGCCCCUGACUCUGAGCUUCACAUCUUCAGAGUGUUCACCAACAAUCAGGUCUCCUACACCUCUUGGUUCCUGGAUGCCUUUAACUAUGCCAUUUUGAAGAAGAUUGAUGUCUUAAACCUCAGCAUCGGCGGUCCAGACUUCAUGGACCACCCCUUUGUUGAUAAGGUUUGGGAGCUGACUGCUAACAGAGUGAUCAUGGUCUCUGCCAUUGGGAACGAUGGACCACUAUAUGGCACCCUGAACAAUCCAGCGGAUCAGAUGGAUGUGAUUGGGGUCCGUGGGAUAGAUUUUGAGGACAACAUUGCCAGGUUCUCCUCACGGGGGAUGACUACAUGGGAGCUGCCCGGGGGGUAUGGCAGAGUGAAGCCUGACAUUGUGACCUAUGGCUCUGGGGUGAGGGGCUCAGGGAUGAAGGAGGGCUGCCGCUCUCUCUCAGGAACCAGCGUAGCAUCACCUGUGGUGGCAGGCGCUGUGACCCUACUGGUGAGCACGGUGUUGAACAGGGAGCUGGUGAACCCAGCCAGUAUGAAGCAGGCUCUGAUCUCCUCAGCACGGAGGCUUCCUGGAGUCAACAUGUUUGAACAGGGCCAUGGAAAACUGGACCUCAUCAGAGCCUACCAGAUCCUCAACAGCUACAAACCCCAGGCCAGUCUCAGUCCCAGCUACAUCGACCUGACUGAGUGUCCCUACAUGUGGCCUUACUGCUCCCAGCCCAUCUACUACGGUGGCAUGCCCACCAUCGUCAACGUCACCAUCCUCAAUGGCAUGGGUGUGACUGGCAGGAUUUUGGACAAGCCCAUCUGGCAGCCUUACCUACCACAGAAUGGUGACCACAUUGAUGUGGCAGUCUCCUAUUCGCCAGUCCUCUGGCCCUGGGCUGGAUACCUGGCAGUCUCCAUCUCUGUCGCCAAGAAAUCUGCAUCAUGGGAGCGGAUUGCCCAGGGUCAUGUGAUGGUGACCGUGUCUUCGCCUGUUGGGAAUAAUUCUGAGGUGGAUGGGGAGAUGACCUCUACGGUUAAAUUGCCAGUCAAGGUGAAGAUAGUGGCCACUCCUCCUCGUAGUAAGAGGGUUCUGUGGGACCAGUACCACAACCUGCGCUAUCCGCCUGGCUACUUCCCUCGAGAUAACCUGCGCAUGAAGAAUGACCCACUGGACUGGAAUGGAGAUCACAUUCACACCAACUUCAGGGACAUGUACCAGCACCUGAGGACUAUGGGUUAUUUUGUGGAGGUUCUGGGUGCACCCAUCACCUGCUUUGAUGCUAGUCAAUAUGGGACAUUGAUGAUGGUGGACAGUGAAGAGGAGUACUUUCCAGAGGAGAUAACCAAGCUGCGGCGAGACAUUGAUAAGGGACUGUCUCUCAUCGUCUUCAGUGACUGGUACAACAUUUCUGUCAUGAGGAAAGUCAAGUUCUACGAUGAAAACACCAGGCAAUGGUGGAUGCCAGACACAGGGGGCGCCAACGUGCCAGCUCUGAAUGAUCUGAUCUCUGUAUGGGGGAUGGCCUUCAGUGAUGGGCUCUAUGAGGGAGACUUCACCAUGGCAGACCACGACAUGUACUAUGCAUCAGGCUGCAGUAUUGCAAAGUUUCCAGAAGAUGGGAUUGUGAUUGCCAUGACCCUAAAGGAUCAAGGGCUGGAAGUCUUGAAGCAGGAGACUGCGAUUGUGGAGGGUGUUCCCAUACUGGGAAUGUACCAAACACCGUCUGAAGGGGGAGGUCGGAUAGCCCUUUACGGAGACUCAAACUGUAUAGAUGACAGUCACAGGCAGAAAGAUUGUUUCUGGCUACUGGAUGCUCUCCUGCAGUACACCUCCUACAGCUUGACACCUCCCAGUCUCACCCACUCCAAAAGCAGGGUGGCUCCUCCCCCUGGCUCCGACCGCCCCCAGCCAGAGAGACUGGAGGGUAAUCAUCUAUAUCGGUAUUCAAAGGUAUUGGAGGCUCACCUGGGAGACCCAAAGCCACGCCCACUCCCUGCCUGCCCUCACCUGUCAUGGUCCAAGCCACAGCCACUUAACGAAACGGCACCCAGUAACCUAUGGAAGCACCAGAAGCUGCUAUCUAUUGACAUGGACAAAGUGGUGCUGCCCAACAUCAGAAACUACAGACCUCAGGUCCGGCCUCUGUCUCCUGGGGAGAGUGGAGCCUGGGACAUCCCUGGAGGUAUAAUGCCAGGAUGCUACAACCAGGAAGUGGGCCAGACCAUCCCCAUGUUUGCCUUCCUGGGAGCCAUGGUUGUGCUGUCCUUCUUUGUGGUGCAGCUCACCAAAUCCAAAAGCAAGCCCAAACGACGGAAACCCAGAGUCAAACGUCCAAUUUACUUUCAACAGCAGCAGCAGCAGCAACAACUGGCACCAACAGGCAAGAACCCCACAGUGUGAGGCUGCCUUUCCAACCACCAGAUUAUUAAGCCAAAGUACACAAGGCCCUGAACUCUGGAAGACUAUUGCUGAGAUGUUGAGACCGUGUGUGCUUCUGCCUUUGAGUUGGGGCUGUUGGAUGAAGAUUCAUAGGCAGUUUGUUUGACUUUGAAAUAUGCAGCCUACAAACCCAGUCAAUGUUUUCCACAGGAUCCUGCCUCCACUCUUCAAAGGAGCUUUUCUUUCCAUUGACCAAAUGGAGUUUGAUUGAAAUGUCUGUCCACUUUUUGUAUUUGAAUUUGCAUCGUCCCCGAUUGGCCUCAUCUUCCCUGUGUUCUUUUAAAGUCAGAUUAACUGGACAAUUGAUGUACUGAUAUCCUUAUUUAGUACUUUUUGUUCAGGCGAUUAUGAGUUGCUUAAUUGCUUGUCUUGUUUGUUUUAAUAUUCUGUAUAAUGAGCUCUGGUGAGGCAUUCUCAUAUCCAUCAUGAUUUAACUGUUAAUGGAGUAGCAUUGGCAAACUUUUCAAAUUAAUUAUAAAGUGAAAGCCUUGGGUCCCUUGUUUAUUUUUGUAAUGUUUGUCAUUCAGAAAAUUAACAGUUGGGAAAUCUGUGUUAAACUAUGUUGAGGAAAGCUACGACGUGCAAGACCUUAAUCUAAACUUAUCCGAAGUUUAAGCUUUCAAAGGUGUUCUAAUGUCAAAGAUGACCCACGCCUCUGUCAUCUAUAUACUGCCCCAUCCCAAAUGGCAUGGGAAUGAUAGGCAGCAUCUGAAUUGAUUAAAUUAUAUUGUGUUUAUCUUUCCCAUUCAUUUGA